CAAAGCCAUAACAACGCAGAUGCGACGAAGGUAUAACUCACUUUUUUAAAAAAGUAGCCUAUAUGUUUGGGCAUGCAAAGUUUCAGAAGAAUUAAAUUUUUAGGUUCCAUGACUGUUAUAAAAAUCCUAAAAUACAAUUAAAGUAUUUUCUUAUAAGACAAUGGUCUAUAUGUCCUUUUUUGUGCCCACCACACUUUGCUUCGUCUACUGGACGUCUAAAAAACAUCCCACUACAUGUUCCUUGCAGCCCCGAAAGCCUUUGUUUAUGUUAUGUUGGUUAUGUAGAAUAAUUUGUAACACUAUAUUAUUGAUAACGCCGUAGGACAACAAACAAAAGUUGAUUUAGUCGAUUGACGUAAGAAAGGUAUCAUAUGUCAUAAAUAAUAGACUUCGAGUUGAUUGUCAGACUGAAAGCACGAGAGAAAACCAGAAGGAUUGUUUGUUAUAUAUUUUAUCGUUUGAAUCGUUUUUAAAUAAAUAUGUUUUAAAGUACGCGUGUGUGUUCUAUUUCCGAUGGUAUUGUUCUGAUAGUAUACAGUCCCCACGAAGCGCAACUGUCUUGCGGUGUAAGACAGAAAAGUGCAACACUUGGUCCAUGCGAACCGGAUAGAUUACGAAAGAAACAAUCGAGAUAGAUACGACAAUGCCGUUGGACGAGCUGACAAAGAAAAGAAGAACACGCGCAGCGCACAGAGGUUCAGCAACGAAGAUAGGGACGAAGAUAAAAGAAUGUUUAGCGAAUACGAGUGAAACGCCACAAACGGACAAGAAUGUGCUGAAACAGCUGAGAGAUACGCUGAGCGAGAAAGUCGAAGCCUUGAAACUUUUAGACAACGAGAUUGUCGAGAUACUAAGUAAUAGUGAAGCCGAAGACGCAGAACAACAGCUGGAAAAGGAAAUUCAGGAGACAGGAUGA